UUGACGCCGCUCAUUAGUUACGACAUAUCGUCCAGACUAGGCUGACAACGCUGAAUUAUUCGAAACUUUUCACCAUGAACUAAAAAUGGAGAAGGAAAGUACCGGUUGUUUUGCGUGGAUUGUGAGUUUAAAGCAAUCAUGCAAUGAACGGUGGGCAAGAUUCAGAAAUCGGCUCCGCAGACGAUUUUAUGCUCGUAGAGGUCAAACCGUAGACCCAUCAACAAUUGUAAACGAGACUGGUACCAGGGACAUGGUUAUUACUAAAACUCCUUACAAGAAAAACAAAGUACUACCGGAAGUCUUGGCUACUCCAAGAGCAAACGAAGAAUGUCCAAUGGAUGCUGAAAGUGCACAAGCUACAGGAAUUCAUGAGAACUUUGAAAAACUAGUCGGAGAUUACGUGUCUCGUAUCAUAUCAAAUGCUGCAGACACCUUGUUGACGGAGAGACAAGCGUCGCUAGGCAACAAAAAUGUCAUCCUGGAAAAUACUGCAGACGACAUUUCUUUGUCUCCAAGCAUCAUCAGCCAAAUCGCUGACACUGCAGUAUCUGAAAGCCUUUCGAACAUUCUGGAAUCAAACUUGAACCAGUCCGCCAUUCACAACACUAUCAAAGAAUUUAUGGUGCAGAAGUCUUUGGAGCUGUUAGCGGAGAAGUUGGUCACGGUCAAUCUUCUGUCAGGUUAUAAGGUAAGUUUAUUUUUAUUAUCAUGUUCACAUUUACAAACAAAAGGAAACAAGAACACUAACUCAAGUCGCAAUUUACUUUUUACUGAAUGUGGUUCGUACUCAAACUCUGAUCGAUAAGUUUAAGCUUUAACU